AGUAGAGAAGGAGCGGGAGGAGGGAGCGAGACAGGAGGAGGAGGGUUCCCACUCCCCUCAUUGGCUCUCUCACUGCCUUUCUCCUGCUUUGGACUCUGUGCUCCCUGUGCAGCUGUAUCACACUUUAUCAGGGCACAGAGCAGGCACAAGCAUCCAUUCCCUCCCCAGCCCUGUGUGUACUGCGCCACUGCACUACCAGCGCCUCAUAUCCUCUCCUCUACACAAACCUCUCAAUAGUCACCUGAUUUUUGUUUUGUUUUCAUGACUUUGUAGUGAAGUUUAUUUUUGUACUCCCCUUCCAUAGAAAAUUUUGUCCAGAUUAAGGUAAAAUGAAUUCUGAAGGUGGAAUUUGGCCACUUCUGCUCUUUUGGGUCACUCCUGGGAUCUUGUCCCAGGUUCCCCAGGCAAGUGAGUAUGACUAUGUGAGUUUCCAACCGGACCUGGGCAGGCAGUACCAGAGCGGCCGUUUCUAUUCCCGGCCGGCGCAGUGCGUGGACAUUCCUCAGGACAUGACCCUGUGCCACGGGGUCGGAUACAAUAAAAUGGUACUGCCCAACCUUCUUGACCAUGAGACGAUGGUAGAGGUGAAGUACCAGGCAAGCAGCUGGGUGCCUUUGCUCAGUAAGAAAUGCCAUCCUGGCACGCAGGUGUUCCUGUGCUCUCUCUUUGCCCCGGUGUGUCUGGACCGACCUGUCUACCCUUGCCGCAGGCUUUGCGAGUCGGUCAGAGAUGCCUGUGAGCCAGUCAUGCAGUAUUUUGGCUUCCACUGGCCGGAGAUGCUUCGAUGUGAGCAGUAUCCCACCGAAGAAGAUGUCUGUAUUGCUGUUCAUUUGCCUAAUGCCACCCAGGCACCACAGUCACGAAAAACAGAGGUGUGCCCUCAGUGUGACAGUGAGAUAAAGGCCGACUCCCUCUAUGAACACAUGUGCGCCAGUGAAUUUGCUCUGAAGGUAUCUAUACGGGAGGUGAAAAUAGAAAAUGGAGACCGUAAAUUGCUCCUCCGAAAAAAGAAGGCUCUGAAGAAAGGACCCGUUCAGAAAAAAGACUGGCCGGACCUGGUCCUCUAUCUAAAGAAUGGAGCCAACUGUCCUUGUCACCAGUUGGAUCAACUGAAGGGACAAUUCCUGGUCCUGGGGCGAAAGGUGAAAGCUCAGCACCUCCUGACUGCAAUACAUAAAUGGGACAAGACCAACCGAGAGUUCAACCGCUUCAUGCGUAAAGUCAAAAAGAGCAAGUGCCCCAUACCGCUCACAGCCCCCCAUUAAAGACAGUUCUGUGUGCACCACAAACACCCCCUCUAAUGUUCAGAACUCAAUGAGGGGGUAUAGAGAAGGAAACUAUGAAACAUGGCAGCACCCUUCCUAAUCCAGUGGAAAGACUGCAAGAGAUGUAGAAAUGUGUAUAACAAUUGGGGAACAGGGCACGGCCAUACUUCUGAAAGUGCUGUGUCCAUGCUAUGCAAAAUAUUUCCACAUCGUGUUCUCCAAAGGCUCUUACUUAUCAAACACCAAAUCCCUGACAGGCCAGUGCCUUGUGAACAGUUGGGUUAUUGGGUCAUGCAAUCCAUCUGUAUGAAUAUGUUGUGUUAUCAGUAUCUAAUGUACACCUUAAUUCAGCCACUUAGUAAUCCAGACAUUCAUCAUGUUCUUCAAUAAACACUGUGUAUUCUCUCAACA